AUGGAUGUAUCUUAUGACCACCACCACCACUCUUCUUCAAACAAUAGCAACGGUACAAACAACAAUAAUAGUAGUACAAUUAAUAACGAUAGUAGUGACAGCAACAAUGAUAUUCAUAUGAACAAUACAAACCAUGAAGAGGUGACUGUAUCUUCCAUUUUAAAUGACUUGUUAAAUCGUAUUAAUACGCAGAGAGAUAAUACUAGUAAAAUUAACGGUACUAAUAAUAGUAGUAGUAAUAGUACAAUUAAUAAUAGUAAUAAUGUACAACAACAACAACAAUAUAGUCAUAGUCAUAUGAAUGAUAAUAAUAAUAUAAAUCAUAUGACUUUUAGUAAAAGUACAGUUGAUGUAGCUGCUCAACACCAACACCAAAUAGAUUCUACUAUUACUACUCCUCCUGCUUCUGCAACUACCACUCCUACUAUCACCUCCACCACUGCAACUACUACAUUUGUAUUACCUACUCCUGCUACGACUAGUCUGACGAGUAGUACCAGUUCAACUGCUUCAAUGUCUACACCAGCAACAUCUCAACAACAACAAUUAACACCUGUUAGAAAAAGAGGUAGACCUCCCAAAAACCCAGAACUACAUGAACAAAAGAAACUACUUAAAGCAGAGAGAUUAUUAAGAUCUGCUGAUAAACAACAACAACCAAGACAACCAAAACAACAAAAAAAGUUACUCAAUAGUAGUAGUAGUAGUACUGGUGUCAGUCCUUUAUUGACACCAAUGCAACACUCUUCCAACAAUAUGGUACUCCCAACACUAUCAUCAUCGACAAGUCAAUUAUUUGCAGCGGUCGAUGCAGACGUGCAAGAACAACAAAAACAAAUCAUCAACAAGGGAGGUAUCCAAUGUCGUAUCUGUAAAAGUUACUAUGAAGCCGAUAAAUUCCAAGACCAUUAUGAUUGGGAGUUACUUCGAAUGGAGUCAAAUUACAAUGGCGGUAUUGUACCAGAUGAUGAUGAGGAAGAAGAACAAGUUGAAGAAGAGACAACUCCAUUGUUUGAAUGUGGUGAUUUAUUAUCAUCACCAAGUCUAUUAUUUAUGAGACCAAAGAGAGCUUCUUCAAUUAGUGCAAUGAAAACAAUUGCAACUACUGGUAAUAAUCAAAAUAAUCAAAAUAAUCAUCAAAAUCAAAAUAAUAAUAAUAAUAAUAAUAUAACAGAAUCAAUUCAACAACAACAACAACCAAAUGUUCAUGAUAGUAUACUUCAAUCAAUUAAUAAUAUUAGAUCUAAAAGAUCAAAUAGAUUGUCAUUAUCAUCGUCAUCCAGAUCAAAUUUGACACCAACAAGAAAUUCACAAGGUGUCAUGAGACAACAACCUUCUUUAUCUUCCUCCCCAUCCCCUUUAUUAUCAUCGUCGUCGUCAUCUAUUUCACAACAACCAUCUCAACAACAGCAAUGUGUAGUUUGUAACAAUUACAUUGGUGGAUCAUUUUUAAAUUUUCAAUUACAUGUUGAGCAAUGUUUAAAUACUCAAGGUGCUGCUUCAACUAUUAUGACUUCUUCUUCCUCUUCAACUACGACGACAUCUACAUCAUCUACAUCUACCAGUUCAACUACGACAACACCAAAGAGAAGAGGUAGACCACCAAAGAAAAAUAUUUUACCCAUCAAUCUACAACAACAACCACAACCACAACAUCAACAACAACCAAUGACAAUAUCAUCCAACUCCAACAAUAAUAUUGAUACAGUCGGUACUAUUAUUAAUGGAUUUGCAAUUGAAGAUGAAGAUGAUUCACGUUGGGCUAGUAGUGAUGAUGAACCUAUUCAAGACCACGAUUUCCCAAGCGAUGUAGAGACUUAUACGAUUGCUGGUGUAACUAGAAUACGCACAGUCUCGUUACUUCCAAAUCAAUCCUAUGAAGGUAUCUACUUUGACAAGGGUGAAGCUGCACGUUGUUACCAACAAGAUGAAGACGAUGAAUUGGAUGUUGAACAAGAUGAUACCGUUGUAUUUGGUGCAACUCAAUAUACUGAAGAUGAUAUUAAAAAACGUAAUACUAUUAACCAAGAUACAAAAGAUACAACAAUUAAACAAGAAGCUAUAACAACGAAUAAUAAUAAUAAUAAUGUAAAUAAUAAUAAUAAUAAUAAUAAUAAUGUAAAUAAUUUAAAAAAGGAUAAUUCAAAUUCAAUGGUUGGAUCAAACAAUAACAACAAUAAUAAUAAUAACAAUUUUAUAAUGGAAGCAUUAAAAGAAAGAAUCAAGGAACAAGAUGAACAACUUAAAAGUAUUCCAAGUUGUUUGGUUUGUUUGGAACCGUACAAGGCACCCCUCACAUCGAUCAAAUGUUGGCAUGUCCAUUGCGAACAAUGCUGGCUAAACACAUUGAGUGUCAAGAAAUGGUGUCCUCAAUGUAAAGUCAUCACAACUCAUUCAGAGUUGAGAAAGAUUUAUCUUUAA